ACCGGCGAGAGGACAGACGGGACUGGGGUCCAUUCCAGACGUCAGCUCCAAGCCGCGUUGCACCAUCAGCAGUGAGACAAAUCAAAAAGCACUGUGUCAUCACUGUGGAUGAGAGACAGACAGACAGACAGACAGAGAGCGAGACAGGAGGAGGAGACGCAGAGGCCCUCCGACAGGAGGUGAACACUGAGCUACUUCCUGCAGAGACAGGAAACAGGAAGCCGUGGGGGUAUGGAAGAGAGAGCCUGACAUCCUGCAGCAGCGAGCCAGAGGAGAGAACCCCCCCCCCCCUCCAAUGACAUCAUCUCGUCCAAACGGAGCAGUACAGCGCUUGAGGGCGUUUUCACACUUGAAAGUGAGAUUGUUGUGUUUUUUUUGUCAUAUUAAUUUAGCAUUAGUUUUGUUGGUCUGGUCCUUGAUCCUGCCAGUCCUUUUUGUUGAAUUUGCAUAUUCUUGUUAGUUUAGUUAACUGAAAAUUACUUACACACCUACGGCUGCAACUACCGAUUAAUUUCAUAAUUGAUUAAUCUGUGGAUUUUUUUUUCUCGAUUAAUCAAUUACUUGUUUUGUCCAUAAAAUGGUGAAAAAAAUUCCGAUUGUGUAUCUAAAACGCCAAGAUGAUAUUUUUGUUUUGUCCACACACUAGAGAUCUUUAGUUUACUGUCACAGAGUAGCAAAGAAACCAGAAAAUAUUCACGUUUAAGAAAAUGAAAUCGGAGAAUAUUGACCCUUUUUUUCCCUUCUUUUUCUUGAACCCGAUUAAUCCAUUAUCAAAAUAGUUGGCGAUUGAUUUAGUAUUCGAUUACUAAUUGAUUAAUCGAUUAACUGUAACGAAGUUUGGGGGGCUCUUCUGCAAUGGGGGAGCGAAUGUCACAGGAACAAAUGUGAACUACAUUGCUGCUGUAACAACAUGUGGAAGCAUUUUCCUGUUGGGUUGUGUUCGUGAAAAGUGAGGCUGAAGAGGCCACCACCGCUAUGAACAUUUUAAAUUAGUUAACUCACACAUGAUUCCUCCAUAAUGGAGCCAAACUCAGAGGAUGGAUCACUCGUGGCUGUGCAUCAAUCCAAUUAUGCUCUGUUAUAUAUUAAUUGAAGAUAACCAUGUGAUUCCAGUUCGCAUUUUAGGGUUUGGAGCUGCUAGGGUUUAUUCGCUUGGAACUGAACUGGAGGCAGAUGUGCAAACUGUGAUCUUCAUACAAGAACCUUCAUUAAAAUACACACAUCAUUCUGACAAGGCACAACCAUAAACAGCUGCUGAUGGACAAAAUUUAUAUUGUUUUUAGACCAAUAAGUGUCAAUAGGCUUAAAUGGAAAAAAGAAAAUAUACAAAAGAGACUGACAGAUAAAAGUCACAUUAUAUUUACAUAAAACACAGGGAAGACUGUGAGACUUGGCUGUGAUCACACACACACACACACAUUUACAGUAUGAUGAAACACAAAAGUACACACAAUACUGCUAAUACUGGGCAAACACAAACACACACACAACAUGAACACAACACUUCACGCGGAGUAUACACAACGAUGUUGCAAGUUGCACAAACUAAAAAGCAAACAUAUUUACCGUGUAAACCAGCUGUCAUCUCACAUCAGAGUCUGUGAAAUCACACACACAUGGACGACCGCAGCGACACACACACACACACACACACACACACACACACACACAUUCUGUUAGUGAGUCAGUGUGUAGCUGCGGUGACUGAUCUGACAUCCUAACCACAUGUGGCCAAUAAAACACCACCGAGACAGAAAGAGAUGGGAAAAUCCCUCACUCACUCUCUCUCUCUCUCCCUCUCCAACUGUCUUGAAUAGUCUCUCUCUCUCUUAAUCAGACUCCUUUCUCUUAAACACUUUAAAUUCCUCUCUCUCUCUGCCUCUCCCUGCAUUUCUCUCUGGACGCAUCUCUGUCUCCCACCAUAUAUUACAUUAUAUUACUUUACAUUACGAGACGUUGUCUAUCAGAACACCUCGGUAACAAACUUUCGGCUAAUUAAUGUAGCUUUCAAUGGGCUCUGUAGGUUUGUUCUCAGGUGUGACUGGCUGUCACCUAAAUCUAGAAGAUACUCUCAUCGGUUGCUAUUUACUUUCAAAUGCAUUUUCCUGAACUGUCCCUCCUACUUAAAACAACUUCUAAUUCCAUACAGAUCAUCAUAUAACCUAAGACACAUGGAGGGUCCUUCUGUGUUCCCAGAAUCCCCAAGGAAAUGGGGGGACAUUCAUUCAGAAUGUAAAGCCCCGUCCAACUGGAGCAGCCUGCCCCCAACAUCCAUCACCUCUUUUCAUGUCUUUAAGGCAUCUCACAACAACAACAACCUGCUCCUGCUUCUAAGCAUACAUGUACAUAUUGAUGCAUGUAUUUGAAUAUAUGUACAUGUAAAUACAUUAACCGUACGUAUGUUUGGGUUUCUGUAUGAACAUGUUUCGUGCUACGCUGGUGUUUUGUGUGUAGGACCCCCUUGGAAACGAGAUGGUUUCAACCUUAGGGGGUUAUCCUUCCAAUAAAUGUUCGUUAUUACAUUACAUUAAUGCUGUGAGCAGCAUAAUGAAGAAAUCACAUAUCAUACACUCGCAGAGAGACCAACACAGGCAGAUUAACGAUCUUGGGCAAAUGUCACUGUAGAUACUAAUAUGAUUUUAUUUUCACAACAUUGAGCUCACCUUCUUCCUUUGUGUCUGUCUCGUCCUUAUUCACACAUUUGUUUCCUUUCCUGCUUCUUCCGUCUUCACCUUUUUCCUCUUCCCUGUCUUCUUCCCCCCCUUUAUUUAGUUUGAUCCUGUAGGUAAGUGAAAAAUAGUUUUUUUUAAAUCCUCUAACCUAAACUACCAUAUCUCACUUUUCCCUACCUCAACCCAUUGGAGCGUACCAGGGGCCUUCAUCGUCAUGGUAACAAUAAUGCUAUCCAUAGGAGUGUGCCAGCUGCAGGGAUACCAGACAUUCGCCGUCAUGGCAGCACAUGGUUAAAGUUGUGGGUUGCUCACAGUUUGGUAAGGUUUAGGCAAAAAAAAAGUGCUUGGUUAGGUUUUGAUGGUGGUUUGGGUUAAAAUAAGUGCUUUCUUAAGUUUACAGGACCUUUGUCGUCAUGGUUACAAAAAUAAACAGGCGGUUGUGGAGCGGUCACGGAUAAAAGAAACAACGCUGACUAUCGGUUCCAUGUUGGGAACAAACACGUCUCCCAGCUCAAACUUCUAUGUUUUAUCGACUUUCUGGUGAAGACUUUGAUGCGCCCGUCAUAAUCACUGCGGCCACUAGAGGUCAACUUACAAUUAAAACAUUACUUUGGCUUGUAAUAAACUGUUGUACAGAUGACCUAAGUUUAUUGUCUCCACAUCUCGGACAGUGCAGGUUCAAUAAAAAGCAAUUUUCCAGAGGGAUCGCAUUUUUUCAGCAUUGUUAGCGUUUGCAUUUCCAGAUGUUUCCCACCUCAGACAGCAUUUUAACUCAUUUCCUACACUAAUGGGCGUAAUAUUUACCAAACAGAGUCGUUGUGCCGUAAUCUUUAGGACUGCGGAUGUUCGUUAUGGUUAAGGCUCAAACCUUAGACUACAUAAAGAUGGACGACAUGUCGGCUACCAAAAGUGAGGCCAAAUCCUCUUGAUCGCCCCCUGGUGACUGGCUGCAGUAUAGAUCUUAAACCCUGUCUCCUCUAUGUUAUGGAAAUAGAACAUGGACCAAACUAAAAAGUCAAAGUUCACAUUAAAUUUUUCUGAUCUCAAAAAUGUGGCUACACACUGACUCACUUACAGUGUGUGUGUGUGUGUGUGUUUUUUUUCACCCUGGAGGCUCACGUGUGUUCAUUUCCAGCUGGGAGAAGGGGAAUCCAGGCUGUGUUAUCUUUUCCAGUCAGGGUAACAAGCAGAGGGUCUUGAGGCUCCAAGAGAAGUUUCAUGAUCCCAUGAAACUGCUUCGAAAAACCACUGUACAAUUCAAAAGAUGCUGCUCAACGAGAUAAUGGGAUGGUGCCCUCGACCUGCUGAGGGAACUGAAGAACAUCAAGAUGUCUCUGGAGACCCUGCAGUCCACCAGAGUUGGGAUGUCCGUGAACGCGGUGAGGAAGCAGAGUUCAGAUGAAGAGGUUCAGACUCUCGCCAAAGUUCUCAUCAAAUCCUGGAAGAAACUGCUGGAUGGAUCGGAGGGGAAGUCGGAGGAGAAGGAGAAGAAGAAGGAGGGGUCUCCCGUGAGGUCCUCGUCCACAUCUAAGGACUCUGGCAGCAGCGAGAAAAGCAGUAAGAAGUCAGAGGAGACCCCCGACAGCCCCACCCCCCCCACCCUUCCCGCCCUUCCCGCCCAGGUCACCUCCUUCCCACCCGCCCCCGUCACCACCGACAGCGUCCGCAACAAGUGCCGAGAGCUGCUGGUGGCCGCGCUGCAGACUGACGACGACCACAAGACCAUUGGAGUCGACUGCGAUCACCUCGCAGCACAGAUUGAAGAACAGAUCUUCCAGGAGUUCAAGUCCACAGACAUUAAAUACAAAACCCGUCUACGAAGCCGCAUCUCCAACCUGAAGGACCAGAAGAAUCCCGACCUGCGGCGCAAUGUCCUCUGCGGCAACAUCUCCCCCCAACGCAUCGCCAGCAUGACCGCCGAGGAGAUGGCGAGCGCGGAGCUGAAGCAGAUCAGAGAGGCUUUGACCAAAGAGUCCAUCAGAGAGCAUCAGCUGUCAAAGGUCGGAGGAAGUGAGACGGACAUGUUCAUCUGCAACAAGUGUCACGGGAAGAGCUGCACGUACACACAGGUGCAGACCCGCAGCGCUGAUGAGCCCAUGACCACCUUUGUGUUGUGCAACAGCUGCGGCAACCGAUGGAAGGUAAAACAUUACUAACAGAUUCAGGUUGGAUGAUUGAUCAAGACUUAAUAUACAGGGAAAAAAUGAGUAAUAACUAGUCGGUGUUAAACUUCAGUCGAACACUUCCCCUCAUCCUUCCUGUUGAAAUGCAUUGUGGGAAAUUGCAGGACUCACUGAAAUACACAAUGGAGUUUGGGGAAAAAAAACGCCUCGACGAACAAGUCAAUCUCCGCUCCUUUUCUGAAUGUUCCGUUACAAAGUCUCACCACAAGAUGGCAGCAGAGGCUUUGGCUCGUUUAACGCACAGCCCUUCCUUUCAACGCCGCUGCAGUUUGAACUCCUGCUUCCGUUCCGUGUCCUCCUCGCUCUCCCUCUGCUCCGUUCCUCAUCCUCCUUUUCCUCCUUCGUUCUCCAUCUCUUCUCCUCGUCGCAGCGUUCGUCCCCGCCCCGCUCCCGCAGCUCUUGUUUUGGUCCCAUACCUCCUCUGCUGUCCUUUUCACCCUCCUCCCUACAUCUCUUCCCUCUCUUUUCCUCUCCAUAUUUCCUCUUCCUGUUCCCUCCCCCCCCCCCUCAUUUAGCUCCUGGCUCUAGGUCAAGGUGAAGCGGGUAGUUCGUUUUGUUGGUCAAGCACUUAAAGCUCCAGCAUUUAAAAAAAGAGACGACAUUUUUGAACUGACAUACAUAAGUGUAAUAAAGCUACACAAAGUUGUGUUACUCGGCCAUUUGUCUGUACAUUGACCGUACGUUUAAAUUGACAAGGACGUGAAUUAGCGCCAGUCUUUUCAGCGUCUUUAACGCGUGUUCCCAGUGAUCUUGCCACACGACGUCACAGUCAUGAGAGGCAGCGGCUUGAUUUGGAAAUGACUGCGGGUUAAUAUGUAGUUUUUAAAUGCUCCACUUUCAGUCACUAUUUUCUGCUUGUGCUGUUGUCGGACUGCAGCAGUGUGCGUGCCAUGACACCAGAACCAGGUGCUGAAAGAGCGUAAAAAGCUGCAGAGAGUUGGUGAUGUAAUGUCCAAUAAAGGUGGUUCAUCACACGGACGUUCCUGACAACGAGAAGUCAAACUUCGAGGUUCCCUGUGGAGUUUCCCAGCACCAGCAGGACAACGGAGCGAUGUUCCUUACAAGUGGCUCCUCGUUGUGUUUGCAUUGUGCAUGUACAAAAGCACUUUGCCUGCUAAUCUGUUAAUCUGCACAGUUCAUGUUGCAACGUGCCAAUGGACACGGUGCAGGAGGAGAAGAGUGCUAGGGAGCAAACAUGGAUGUGUCGAAAUAUUGGGUUCACACCUCAAGGAUCCAAACGAUGAGUUUGGUGAGUGACGGGGAAUUUAAACGUAGCUGCAUCUUUACAAGAAAACUCCACAGGGCUCCUCUACAGUCGUUCAGUUGUCCAGUGGACUGUACUGCUGAUUAAUCUCAAAUUAACUUGUGUUUUUACUGAUCAACCUUUCUUUCUUUC